CUCAAGCAUUUACUUAGUGCCGACUGAUAUUAGUUGUAAGCCAACUCACCACCUGAGUAGUCUAACAGCCGACGGCUAGGUUCCAUCUGCUGGGAUACAACAAUCGGGUUUGAGUCAUGAUGGGUGUCAUGGGCCUGGUAGCAGUCCAGGCACUUCCACUCAAACGUGACGUCCUGUUUUUUUAAUAGCCUGUACUGUUCCCUUGUCAUUGCCACACCUGAAUUAUUAAAACAUUUGCGAUGAAACCAAUUUCGACAGACGUUACAAAUGAGUCCCUCCUGCUUCAUGGAAACGUUGUCGUCACAUCACUUGCACAUAUUUGGAGUCAUCUUGAAUUCUUGCGUAGUUUUUGUGGAGUUAAUAUACCGUUAGUCGUCCUCGUUUCAGUAUAAAACUGUAAUAAAAUCGACUUCGGCUAAUGAGCUUCGUUUGUAAGGUGUCAGGCCGGCGAUAAUGAGGCUUUGAACUCGGCGAUAACCGAGCGCGGCUUCAUUAUCACCGAUCUGGCACCUUAUCUAAUCUCCAUGCAUGGAUAUCACUUCACUCAGGCCAUCAUGAAGAAUGUCCGUCACAAUAAUUUGGCUCGCCUAUACAACAAGGACGCUGGAACAAGAGACCCGAUCAAGCAUGUCAUGGCGCUGUGCUAUAUACCACCUAUGUUUAUUACGUCCAGAUUCAAAUCACUGAAAGAAAAGAUGCAAACUCAAGGACUUCGCCGAAUAUUUUCAAAACACAAGCUAUACAACAGUGUCUGGACUCCCAAUGAUUGCUCAGUAUUCGACGUAGAAAUAAGAACCAACAAUCAUCUGGAAGGUUGGCACCGCCAUUUUAACAGUAUAACUCGGAAAAAUAUGCCUUUUUACAGUUUAAUCUCAACAAUGUACGAGGUAAGUAUAGGGAUAGAGGCGGACGUUGUGGAGAUUUUGGAAGAGAAUGUUGUGGGGCGUGUCAACGGCAGGUAUGCGGAAGCCAACGAGAGGGUGCAACGUGUCUGGGAACAGUUUAAGGAAGGAGAGUUAUCUGUGGACUCUCUUCUUCGGAGGUGUUCAAUCAUCUACGGGCCGCAGUAUUGCAAAGAGUAAGUAUGUAACGCAGCAAAUUUCUCAUAACGUUUAGUAUUCAAAUAAAAUUCAUUAUUCGUAACGAAAAAGAAAACAAAACCUUCCAUCCAUUAAA